AUGCGCAACCAAUACAUUUUCCGCACUCCCUUCCUCUCUCCUGCCGAGAUCAAGCUAGGUAACCUAAUCCCUAACAUCUCCGAUCCGGAACUGGACACUCGAGACUGCGAUUUGUCUUUGGUGCUUAAUAAAGACUAUACUGUCAAACCUAUCUCCGACUUUCGCGCUUUCUUCCAAACGAAGCACAACACCCAGCUCACCGCGUCUCUGUCGCGAAUUCUCCGAGCUUCCGCAGUACAAGGCGGCGCCGAUAACAGCUCCCUUGAUUCCGCCAAAGGGAAUAUUCAUACCCUGCGCCAACCGAAAGCGUUCUUCCAACAACUUUGCCAAGACAACGCCGUUAGGGUAUGGCUGCAGGAGCAAAUCGAGGAUGGAUUGGACGUGCAUUUUGUAGUGGGUGAGGUGCUUGGCAUACCAGGGAUUGAUGUACAAGUGGCGGGUGAAAAUACGGCUGAGAACCGGAGUGGACAAACCUACCUUGCACCUGGGGAGCAGAUCUUUGCGUUGCGGGUGAAGAAACUCGUCUUCAAAACUUUUCGAUCCAAGACUGUCGAUACUGCCAAGUUGGAGAAACACACUACGUGGCAGAUGGUCUGCGCUACUCGAUCUGCAAAAAAGCCGAAGCCGGAGUGGGUGGAGGUAUCACUGGAGGGAAUGGAUGAUGAUAGCAUGACUGAAGAAGAGGCCGAUGAUGUCGAGCACUUUCAUGAUGAUGAAGUCCUUGUACUAGAUGCGGAGGGCUGA